UGAAUCAGACAGACGAAAUGUUUUCGUCCACACAUGCCUUACACUAAACGUUUUAAAGCACCACGCCAGAGUCUGCGGGUAACACGGAGAUCAAGUUCAACAUGGGGAUAUCAAGACGUCUGCAUGUUAAGGUUAAUGCAGAUGAGAGUGGACCUUUUGCAGCUAGUACUGAUGAUGAUGAUUCUGAAGAAGAGUGUCUGGACUCAAUUCCACUGAUGUGUGGCGACAGUUUUGAAAUGGACGAGAGUGACCGCUUGGUCAAAGAACGCAGGCGCAGGCGGUCUCGUAUCAAUUCUAUUGGAUAUUUUUUGUCCGAAGGAUGGUUCAAUUUAUGUGCAAGCUGCUUGAGCAAACUCUGUGCAAAAUGUCGGCAGCCGAGGGAGCUCAAACCUCGCACAGUCUAUAUUGGACUUGCAACAGGUCCUUCAGAAAGAUACCCACAGAAUGUCAUACGGAACCAGAAAUACAGUAUUAUCACCUUUAUACCAAAGGUUCUUUUUGAGCAGUUCCGGAUUUUUCUCAAUCUGUAUUUCCUUAUCAUGGCGCUGUCCCAGCUAAUUCCUGCAGUGCGCAUAGGCUAUAUCUACACCUAUUGGGCUCCUUUGGGCUUUGUGCUUUUUGUCACAAUGUGUCGAGAAGCAAUUGAUGAUUGGCGGCGAUAUCGUCGAGACAAAGAAGCUAACUCCCAAAAGUACCGCAAGCUUACACGAGAUGGGUUUGCUAAUGUGCCCAGUUCUGACAUCCAAGUUGGAGAUCUCAUUGUUGUUGAUAAGAACCAACGAGUACCAGCUGACAUGGUUUUCUUGAGAACAACAGAACAGGAUGGUGCAUGUUUCAUCCGCACAGACCAGAUGGAUGGUGAGACAGAUUGGAAACUUCGCCUAGCUGUGCAGACAACCCAGUCUCUUCCUAGCAAUGUUGACAUUUUAGACAUCACUGCAAGUGUUUAUGCAGAAAAACCACAGAAGGACAUCCACAGUUUUGUUGGGACAUUUACAAGAAGUGAUGGCAGGACUGCUGAGGAUUCUCUGUCAGUUGAAAACACACUUUGGGCCAACACAGUAGUGGCUUCUGGCACAGCUCUUGGUGUUGUCAUUUACACUGGAAGAGAAACGCGCAGUGUAAUGAACACUUCUCAGCCCAGCAGUAAGCUUGGACUUGUAGACCUAGAGAUCAACACACUGACAAAGUUGCUCUUCCUUGCUGUCAUGAUUCUGUCCCUUCUUAUGAUGAUUUUAAAGGGCUUUGGUGGGCCUUGGUAUAGGUACCUCUUCAGAUUCAUUCUUCUUUUCUCGUACAUUAUUCCUAUCAGUCUGCGUGUCAACCUAGACAUGGGCAAGGCAUGGUAUUCUUGGGUGAUACAGCGUGACAAAGCCAUGCCUGGGACUGCUGUGCGCAGCACCACUAUUCCAGAGGAACUAGGUCGUAUUACUUACCUCAUGUCGGAUAAAACAGGCACUCUUACACAGAAUGAAAUGAUUUUCAAGAAACUUCCUGGAACCGUGGCUUUUUCUUCGGAUACAGCUGAUGAGGUGGCCUCUCACUUGAAAACAGCCUACACACAGAUACAGCAGCAGUCCUCAGCAGGGUCUGCCACACCUACACGUACAUCAGGACCAGCGCGCACUGUGGUGACACGUGUCUUUGAAGCUGUGCCUAUUGCUCUGUGCCACAAUGUCACACCUGUGUAUGAGCAGGGUGCCACACAGAACAGCGAAGCAGCCAUGGCACCAGAGGCAGACCAGCACAUCCAUCAGACAGUCUCGUACCAGGCCUCCAGUCCUGAUGAGGUGGCACUUGUGUCAUGGACAGAAAGUGUCGGCUUGACGCUGAUCCGGCGGGACCUGACCAGCAUGCAGCUGCGCACUCCUACGGGCAUGCCAGUUAGCUACAACAUUCUGCACAUCUUUCCCUUUACCUCAGAAUCCAAACGAAUGGGCAUCAUUGUCAAGGAGGAGGAAAGUGGAGAAAUUAUUUUUUAUUUGAAAGGAGCAGACACUGUGAUGCAGUCUAUUGUCCAAUACAAUGAUUGGCUGGAGGAAGAGUGUGGCAACAUGGCCAGAGAAGGCUUUCGCACUGUUGUGGCGAAGAAAGUGCUGUCAGAUGAGCAGUAUCAGGAUUUUGAGUCAAGGUACCAGACAGCAAAACUUAGUUUGCAAGAAAGGAGUGCGCGGGUUCAGGGUGUGGUGGAGUCACUGGAGCGCGACAUGGAGCUGUUGUGUUUAACUGGUGUGGAGGACAGACUGCAGGAUGGCGUACGGCCAACACUAGAGACAUUGCGUAAUGCAGGCAUCAAGGUAUGGAUGCUGACAGGAGACAAGCUAGAGACAGCUGUGUGUAUUGCCAAAAGCUCCAAGCUGGUCUCACGCACACAGGACAUCCAUAUUUUGAAUCGUGUCACUGACAGAGGGCAGGCCCAUUUGGAAUUAAAUGCACUGAGACGCAAGAAUGAUGCAGCAUUGGUGAUAUCAGGGGAUUCGCUACAGGUAUGUCUGAAAUACUAUGAACAUGAGUUUGUGGAGCUGGCCUGCCACUGCCCAGCGGUUGUGGUCUGUCGUUGUUCUCCGACACAGAAGGCUGACAUUGUCAAACUUCUUAAAAUCCACACAGGGAAGCGAACCUGUGCAAUAGGCGAUGGUGGCAAUGAUGUGAGCAUGAUCCAGGCUGCUGAUGCAGGCGUUGGUAUUGUAGGCAAGGAGGGGAAACAAGCUUCUCUGGCUGCAGAUUUCUCCAUCACACAGUUCAGCCACAUUGGACGUCUGCUGCUGGUUCAUGGCAGAAACAGCUACAAGAGGUCUGCUGCCUUGAGUCAGUUUGUCAUCCAUCGUGGCCUUAUCAUCACUACCAUGCAGGUAGUUUUUUGUUCUGUCUUCUACUUUGCUUCCAUCAAUAUCUUUCCGGGCUUCCUUGUGGUGGGCUACGCCACAGUGUACAUGUUUCCGGUGUUCUCCCUGGUGCUGGACAAGGAUGUGUCUGCAGACAUUGCCAUGACUUAUCCAGAACUAUACAAGGACCUCACAAAGGGUCGCUCCCUGUCUUUUAAAACUUUCUUCAUCUGGGUUCUCAUCAGCAUAUACCAAGGUGGUAUCAUUAUGUAUGGAGCACUCCUGCUGUUUGAGGAGGAGUUUAUCCAUGUAGUGUCCAUCACAUUCACGGCGCUGAUAUUGACCGAACUGCUGAUGGUGGGGCUGACUGUGCGCACCUGGCACUGGUUGAUGGUCUUCUCCAUGCUCCUCUCAUUGUCCAUCUACAUUGUUUCACUUGCAUUUUUUAAGGACUACUUUGAUUCAGCAUUUCUACAGACAUGGGAUUUCUACUGGAAGGUGCUGGUUAUAACAUCCAUCAGCUGCAUCCCACUGUACAUUCUGAAGUAUCUUCGCAAGAAGUUUUCUCCUCCAGUGUACUCUAAACUCACACCAUGAGACAGCAGUCUUCCAGUGGCUGUUAAGAGAACUGUCAAAUGUCUGGUGCAGCUUACAGCAGAAACAAUGCUUUAACAGUCAACCCUGCCCCCCUUUCCUUUCAGAAACUCCCCAGGUUUUGUUCCCAUGGAGGUUAUAUUUUGGGUGCUUUUUAUUUCCUUCCCACAUACCUAAAAUGUUAGAUCAUAUUUUUGCUACAUUAUGCAAGAGGCGUUUUGAGGAAGAAGAGGACACUUUUUAAUCCCAUUACUGUAAAAUUAACACGGUAAAAUAAUUGUAAUAAUAUUUAUAUUUCAUCAGUGUUGCUGUGUUAAUGUAGAUAAUACUUUCUUUGUCAAUGCAACUGUUCAUGCCAGUCCACAUUAAUGUUCAUACUUCCAGAGUGCCCUUUUGUAUAACCCUUCUGACAUUAUUUCUUGUGCAGUGUAUCUAUAGUGUUAUCCAUGUAAUUUUUAAUACCUUUACUGGUAGUGAGGAUAACUUCAUUUGUACAUUCCUUGGUUUUCGUUAUAAGAAUACAUCAGUUUCACAAAAUAACAACCAAGUUGCAGAAGUUCUGUGCAGUAUGCAGGUUUGCUGAUACUUUUGUGCUGCUCUGGUAAACCCAUAACAUUUCUAAGUUUGCAGGCACAAUUUUUGUUUCCUAUAAGUAGGGCUUUUUUUUUCCUUGUUCAAUGAAAUUGGUGCAACUGAGCAGUAGUUGUGAAAACGUUUGCUGUACAGGAAGUGCAAGAGCACACUAAAGACAUGGAAAUACAACUUCAUGAGAUGGUGCAGAGGUGGGAAUGUGGAUAGAAUUUUAGAAGCAAAUACCCAUUCAUUUCUGUGGUGACAUGCAAGACCAUCCAGCUGUGCCUCAGGAUUUUCUUACUCCUUAGGCAGCACUAAAGAGGUAUGCAGCACAAGGUUACAAUAAGCUGACAUACAGUCUCAUUGCUUGUAGGGACUAAGUUUGUGUGGUGAAGUUGCUUUCUCUUUUAGGCUUAAGAUCUGAAGAAAUCUAGAAAAAAAUGCAGAUUAUAUAUAUAAAAUGCAUCUAAAAGUAUGGGGAAAUGGGGAUGAAUAAGGAAAUUGUGAAAUCUUGAAGGACACAAUGUUUUGUGCAAUAAAAACUGCUUCCAGUGC